GAAGAAGUUUGUGAUAAUGCAGGCCAUUAUCUCACCGAUACUCUCGAUGGCCAUAUGGAUCGUGAAGUGGGGCGGAGACUACUUCUUCAUCUAUUUGUGGGCGUUUUGUUUCAUCAUAACUCUGCUGCUGAUGACAGUAUACGCCGAUUAUAUCGCACCGCUCUUUGAUAAGUUCACGCCAUUACCCGACGGCGAACUCAAACAACAGAUCGAGAAAUUGGCCCAAAGUAUUGAUUUCCCCCUUAAGAAGCUCUUUGUGGUCGAAGGAUCCAAACGCUCGUCCCAUUCAAACGCAUACUUCUAUGGUUUCCAUAAAAAUAAACGCAUUGUUCUCUUCGAUACUCUCAUCGAAGACUUCCAUAAGAAUGAGGAAAAGAAGGAAGAGGCUGAGGACAAGUCGAGCGGCGAUUCGGCCAAAAAGGAGCACAAGAAGUGCGGCUGUAAUAACGACGAGAUAUUAGCCGUAUUGGCCCAU